AUGGAUGCCACACAGCCUGGCGAGCAUAGCGGCCGCUCCCCUCAGCCUCCAAACGAGGACAACCCCAAUGAUGGAGCUCUCCUACGGGGGUUGAGAGGUAUGCCAAUCGACAAAAACAGCUUCGUCACUGAGGCUCCAACGGAGCCCUUUCGCCUUACUUACAUCGACGUCAUGUGCCUAGUGAUAAACCGAAUGAUAGCAGGGACCGGAAUCUUCGAUAGCCCAAUGACGGUGAUGCUGGGUGUCCGGAGCCCGGGCAUCGCAAUCCUCUUCUGGCUCUGCGGCUGCAUCUAUGCUCUGGCCGGAGCUCACGUCUACGUCGAGUAUGGGCUGAACGUACCGCGAUAUGUCAUCGACGGCGUCGAGCAGUCGGUCCCGCGAUCGGGAGGCGACCUCCAUUAUCUCCAAUACGUUUUCCCAUGGCCGCGAUACAAGAAGGGAAUAGUGAUGCUCAGCGGUGUCCUGUAUGGCAUCAGCUUCAUUUGCAUUGGAAACAUGGCCGGCAAUUGUAUCAAUUGCGCGCUGCGUCUCGUGGAGGCUGCGAAUCCAGCAAAGGACGUUGGUAAGCUCAACGAAGGCAUGAUUCGCGGCAUCGCCAUCGUCAUUGCGAUAUUUCCAUGCUUGAUUCACGCCUUCUCUCGUCGUGGUGGCAUCCUGCUCAACAAUCUCCUUGCCUUUAUAAAGGUCUUGAUGCUGAUUUUCAUGAUCAUUGCCACUUGGGCGGUUGCUGGUGGGCCGUCGGGGGUGAGAGGGAUCCCAGAGAUCGACAUGAGCAACUCAACUAGUACAACAAACUCUUCGAACGGGGGAACUAGUACAACAAACUCCUCGAGCGGGGGCAAGGCCUAUGCACAGGCAUUCCUAUCUAUAAUCUUUGCCUUUUCAGGGUUCGACCAGCCAAAUUAUGUUCUGGGAGAGAUCAAGCACCCGCGGAAGACUUAUCCUCGAUCCAUGUGGUGGGGUGUUGGCUUGGUGUCGGCAUUGUAUAUGGCCGUCAACAUCUGCUAUAAUAACAACGUAGCACAGGCGUUUUUCUACAUCAUCUUCGACGCUGAUCCCGAAGGCCCGAAGGGCUACGAAAUCAAGCGCGCCGUCAACGCAUUCCUAGCCAUCUCAUCAUUCGGUAAUAUUGUCGUCAUGACAUACACGGCGGCACGAAUGAAGCAAGAGAUUGCCAAGCAGGGCUUUCUCCCUUUGACGAGCUUUUUCGCGAGUAACAGAGACGUCAGUCUUGGCAAGUUCCUCAUGUGGCUUGAAGGAGGAGAGCGCAAAACGAAGAACCAGCACACGGGGAACGGGCAUCAGGGCGUCCUUGAGCCUCAAGGGUAUGAUACACAGAAGGUCGCUGGUAAUCGGAAACCACGCGGCCGCUUCUUCAAGUUUCUCAACCCUUCCAACCACCGAGAGAAGACGCCUGUCGGCGCCCUCGUCCUCCACUUUGCCAGCUGCAUCGUCCUCAUCCUGGCCACGCUCAACACCACGGCAAGCAAUGCCUACUCGGUUCUUUCUGGGCUUAUUGCUUAUUUGACAUCGGCAUGGUUCGGCAUCUUCCUUGCCCUCGGCAUCCUGAUUCUGCAUUUCCGCGGUCCCCCGACAACGCAACCAGCCCUGACGCGUCGAUACAAUAAAGUCCCGAAUCAGGAGCCCGUGCAGAGAACUUGGGCCCAGAUGACUCGGGGGUCGGUGAAUCCGAAGUUGAGUAUCUCUUGCGGUUGCCUCUAUCUCGUUGGGAAUAUCUACCCAAUCAUCACGGGCUGGAUCCCGCCAUCAAAGCGCUACCAGACAUCACUCGCCUGGUGGGCGGUGCCGGUCAUUUCGUGGUGCGUACUGGCAUUCUCGACCCUUUGGUUCCUGGGCUUCAUAGGUGUGGCCAAAUAUAAGUCCCAGACCGGCCUAAGCAAGUUCGUCUACCUGUGUGAGCCUGAAUUCGAUCCGGAUGAGAACUCUGAAUACCGGCAAAGGUCUGGUAGCGGCAGUGAUCUGCCCGCUGGUGAGGCUGCUGUUAGGAGCCAUCACGGGGGGCUUGUUCUAUCUCACGAAACCAUCUACACAGGGUGGGAAGGCAUUGAGACGGAGCAAAUGUUCAGCGACGGGGCCGAGAUGACACAUUGUGUCGUACCCCUAGCCCAGCCGGUGCUAGUGAACGGAAGUGGGAUUCGGCGGCCAGCUGAUCCGCCACUCGAUUUGUAUGAGGACACGGACUUUCCGGAAUUCUCACAGAGCGGGGCUCCAGUUCAGGAAUCGGAACCCGUGUCUCAUCCGCUGUCUGCCCCGGUGCAGAAUCAUCAAAAUGGGUCGGAACAGGGUCUGACAGAGGCCUCUAGGAACACCUCAGGCUAA